AUGCGCUUCUUCGACAUAGACCAGCCUUUCGCUAGUCGUGCAGCGCCUACACGACUCACCGACCUCGACCGCGCGCUCGCAGACGACGUCGAGGAGGAGGUGGUCUCUCGCACCUCUUCUCUCACUACUGUGAAGCAAUAUGCUGCGCCAGCAGUGCAACCAGUCGCUAGCGCUAUCGAGACCGCCUCAAUCUCGAUGGCUUCUACAAUUGAGCGAUACGACCACCUCUCAUCUGGUGACUCUAGCAGCAUCAGUAGCGAGACCCUGAUCACGGACUAUGGCCUUCACCGCGCACUGAACAGCCUCACGAUCUCCCAGUCACACAUCCACGCAGCCUCGAAGAAAGCUCGCAAGAAUCUCCGCUAUCUGGAAGACAUGCGCGUGACUCACGACAAGGUCCGGAGUGAGCUAGACUUGGCCAUUGAGGCGUACCACGAAGCCUUCAAUCUUCGUGAUGGAAAUGACGACCCAAAGCUCGAGGGUAUUCUGAACUGCCAAUUCCUCACCGCCAAUAAUAGACUCUCUCGCGCAAGCCGCGAGUAUGGCGCCUACGUCGACGACCUCAAUGAGCUGCGCCACCUCCCCAAGCUCAGCAGGGCAGCUUUGCAAUCCGUCUACACCGACCGUAAAAUCGCUUCCAAGCUCGACCGCCAAGACGAGCAAGACAUCUCGCUGCGUACCAAGCUCCGCCAACACCAAGAGCAGUUCAAAGACCUCGAGCGUGAGCGCCAUGACGUUAUCAUCGACACGAACCCAGUGCAAGGUCUUUCACAGUACGUGAAGAGCCUCGAGACCGAGCGAGACCGCCUCAGAGUCCAGCGAGCCAGCCUCACAGCGGAGCGUAACGCCCUAGCAACAGAGCGGAUCGACCUCACAGCCGAGCGCGACAGCCUCGCAAGAGACGUCUCCUUCAGCUCCGGAUGGGCUGUAGACCUCGACAAAGCCCUCAAAGCCACCAACGACAGAAUGCAGUCUCAAACCCAUGAGAUCUCCUCCUACAAAACCCAGCUCAGCUUCGCCAAAGCCGAGAAUACACGAUACAAAGAUGAGAACAAAGCUCUCCGACGUCAAGUCCAAGACUUGAAUUGGGAUCUGGCCAGCGCUCAAGACGAGAUGGAUAAGAUGAAAGGGGUCAACACGGCCCUGAAGCGGAACGUCGAGCACUUGAGAAGUGAGUUUGACGAGGUGCAUGGUCAGGCUAGGACUUUGGAGAGGAGGUACUCGGAUGUUACUUCGAGUGGCAGGCGCUCUUCCGUUAUGGAGCCUGUGCCAUCGUUCUAUGGUGGUGGCGCUGGGGCUUCGAUUGAGGAGAUGUUGGAGGAGGGCCAGGGUAGGGAGAUGCAGGCGAGUGAGAAGGCGAUGUCUUUGUAG